CGCUUCCGACCCAUGGAGGCGGCGGGGACAGGGGAGAACUUCGGGAGGAACACCAAUUCGAGGCUGGAAACACAUCUGGGGGCGACGGAGGCGGCCAGCCUCUUCACCGACGACCUUAUCCUGGAGAUUCUCUCCCACCUCCCCGCCAGAUCCGUCCAUCGCUUCAAGUGCGUCUCUGUGUCCUGGCGCGACCUCAUCACCGACCCUGCCAACCGCAAGAAACUGCCCCAGACCCUCGCUGGCUUCCUCUACUUCACCACCGACUACAGGGGGCAUCGCCACCACUUCGCCAGCGUCUCCGGCAGCGCAGCCCCGUCCAACCCUUCCCUCCCUUGCCUGCAGCCUAACAAGUACAAGGACAUGGCCCAGGUGGACGCCUGCAAUGGCCUCCUUCUCUACCGCGACAGCAACAAGAAGAUGACCCAUUGGAACUGGAAUUGGGCGGAGGAAGAUUUCCGUUUUGUCGUGUGCAAUCCCGUCACCGGGAGGUGGUUGGAGCUGCCUCCUUCACCGCAGUCGCCGGAAAACAGAUUUAGCUGUAUCGCAGGCCUGGCUUUUGAUCCCGCGAUCUCAUCCCAUUUCUAUGUUCUUCACUUCGAGCAGACCUUUCAAGGAUCUUACAUCACAGCAGUGAACAUCUAUUCGUCGCGCACACGAGCCUGGACUCGUAGGGAUAGUGGGAUAGUUGAGAAUGUGACGUUGCUCUAUCUUACUAGAUGUGUAUUUGUCAGUGGUAUCAUGUACCUGAUGGGUAUCCAUAAAGGCAUCAACCAAGAGAAUGUUCUAGUGGGGGUGGACAUGGAGGUGAAAGUGUGGAAGAUUAUCCGCGUGGCGUACAGUUCAAGAGUUGGCACGUUUGGAUCAUCACAGGGGUGCUUGCACUUUGCUAUAGAUUCUUCCAUUGAUAAGAUUGAACUUUGGUGCCUCAAGGAUUGCCACAGUAAAGAAUUGGUCCUGAAUAAUACCGCCAGCAUCGAUAAGCUUACGAGCAUGACUAUGAAGUGGUACAGUGUGGCUGAGAUUCAUCCAGAUUGCGACACCAUUUUCCUGGUAUCAUGGGGAGGUGAUACCUUGGCAGCGUACGAUAUGCAACAUCAGAAAGUUGGUUGUAUUCUUAAUGUUGAGAUAAACGAUAGACAACGGCAGCGGUUUCUAUUAUAUAUUCCUCUGUUUUCAGAGUCAUUAGCAGACGCAGAUGGGCAGUAG